AUGAUAGGGAAGUUAGCUGUGUCAGAUUCCGAGAAUUUUGUAACUUCUAGAUCCCGGAGAGAAAAGAAAACAAAGAAAGGACGCCAGGAAGCUUUAGAAAGACUGAAAAGGGCUAAAGCUGGUGAGAAGUAUAAAUACGAAGUUGAGGACUUUACAAAUGUGUAUGAAGAAGUCGAUGAAGAACAGUAUUCAAAGCUAGUGCAGGAACGCCAGGAUGACGACUGGAUUGUGGAUGAUGAUGGUGUUGGCUAUGUGGAGGAUGGUCGGGAGAUUUUUGAUGAUGACCUUGAUGACAAUGCCCUUGAUUGUCAUGAGAAAGGAAAAGAUGAUAAAGUACUCCACAAAGACAAGAGGAAGGUGAAGAAAGCCGCUGUGACAAAACCAAACAAUAUCAAGUCAAUGUUCAUAGCUAGUGCUGGGAAGAAAGCUGCUGAUAAAGCUGUAGACUUGUCCAAGGAUGAUCUGCUAGGUGAUAUUCUACAGGAUCUAAACACAGAGUCACCGCAGAUAACUCCACCACCUAUAAUUAUACCAAAGAAGAGACGAUCUCUCGGUGCUUCACUGAAUCCCUUUUCUGUGCCUACCCCCAAGGCAGUUCCUUCAGGAAAAAUUGCUUCCCCUAUCUCAAGGAAGGAGCCUGCGCUGACUCCUGUACCUCUUAAGAAUGUGGGAGAGCCGGUGCCAGCCUUGGGUACAGACGACCCUGAGUCGGGGGCGAUGGAUUUUGAAGAUGGUGAUUUUGAUGAGCCCAUGGACAUUGAGAAGGUGGACACCGCAGAGCCUGUGGCUGCCAAGUCAGGGGACCAAAAGAGCGAGGCAGCCGAGAGUGUGAAACAGGAGGUGGAUCCCAGGAAAGGGACCAUAGGAAAUUUUCUCCCAGAUGUUUCUUGUUGGGAUAUUGAGCAGGAAGAUGACAGUGUCUCUGCCCAAGAAGUUCAACUGGAUUCCAGUCACCUCCCCCUGGUGAAAGGGGUGGAUGAGGAACAAGUGUUUCGUUUUUUUUGGCUGGAUGCUUAUGAAGAUCAGUACAACCAACCAGGGGUGGUGUUUCUCUUUGGCAAAGUUUGGAUUGAAUCAGCUAAAACUCACGUGAGCUGCUGUGUCCUGGUGAAAAACAUAGAGCGAGUGCUGUAUUUUCUUCCCCGGGAGAAGAAAAUUGAUCUAAAUACAGGGAAUGAAACUGUAACUUCAGUUACAAUGAAGGACGUCUAUGCUGAAUUUGAUGAGAAAAUAGCAACAAAACACAGAAUUAUGAAAUUCAAAUCCAAGAUAGUGGAAAAGAACUACGCUUUUGAGAUACCCGAUGUUCCAGAGAAAUCUGAGUACUUGGAAGUUAGAUAUUUGGCCGAAAUGCCACAGCUUCCUCAGGAUUUAAAGGGGGAAACAUUCUCUCAUGUAUUUGGGACCAACACAUCCAGCUUGGAACUGUUCUUGAUGAACAGAAAGAUCAAAGGACCUUGUUGGCUUGAAGUAAAAAAUCCACAGCUUGUGAAUCAGCCGAUCAGCUGGUGUAAAGUUGAGGCAAUGACUUUGAAACCAGACCUGGUGAGUGUAAUUAAGGAUGUCAGCCUGCCUCCACUUGUGGUGAUGUCUAUCAGCAUGAAGACAAUGCAGAAUGCAAAGACACAUCAAAAUGAGAUUAUUGCCAUGGCGGCUCUGGUCCAUCACAGCUUUGCACUAGACAAAGCUCCCCCGAAGCCUCCCUUUCAGUCACACUUCUGUGUUGUGUCUACCCCAAAGGACUGUAUUUUUCCAUAUAAUUUUAUAGAAGACAUUAGUGCGAAGAAGGUGAAAGUUGAGGUUGCUGCAACGGAGAGAACCCUGCUAGGUUUUUUCCUUGCGAAAGUUCACAAAAUUGAUCCUGAUAUCAUUGUGGGUCAUAAUAUUUAUGGAUUUGAGCUGGAAGUGCUACUGCAGAGAAUAAAUCUGGGCAAAGUUCCUCACUGGUCGAAAAUAGGCCGACUGAAGCGAUCCAACAUGCCGAAGCUUGGGGGUCGGAGUGGAUUUGGGGAAAGAAGUGCUACCUGUGGCCGGUUGAUCUGUGAUGUGGAAAUUUCAGCAAAGGAAUUGAUUCGUUGUAAAAGCUACCAUUUGUCUGAACUUGUUCAGCAGAUUCUUAGAACUGAGAGGGUUGUUAUCCCAGUGGAAAAUAUACGGAAUAUGUACAGUGAAUCUUCUCAUCUGCUGUACCUAUUGGAACACACCUGGAAAGAUGCCAGGUUCAUUUUGCAGCUCAUGUGUGAGCUAAAUGUUCUUCCAUUAGCCUUACAGAUCACUAACAUCGCUGGGAACGUGAUGUCUAGGACGCUGAUGGGUGGACGAUCAGAGCGUAACGAGUUCUUGUUGCUUCAUGCAUUUUAUGAAAACAACUAUAUUGUGCCUGACAAGCAGAUUUUCAGAAAAACUCAGCAAAAAACGGGAGAUGAUGAUGAAGAAAUUGAUGGAGAUCCCAGUAAAAAUAAGAAAGGCCGUAAGAAAGCAGCUUAUGCUGGAGGCUUGGUACUGGAUCCCAAAGUUGGUUUUUAUGAUAAGUUCGUUUUGCUUCUGGACUUCAACAGUUUAUAUCCUUCCAUUAUUCAAGAAUUUAACAUUUGUUUUACAACAGUUCAAAGAAUUGCUUUAGAGGCGCAGAAAGUUACAGAGGAUGAAGAACAAGAACAGAUCCCCGAACUGCCAGAUCCAAGCUUAGAAAUGGGCAUUUUGCCCAGAGAGAUCCGAAAGCUGGUAGAACGGAGGAAACAAGUCAAACAACUCAUGAAACAGCAAGAUUUAAAUCCAGACCUCAUUCUCCAGUAUGACAUUCGACAGAAGGCGCUAAAACUCACAGCAAAUAGUAUGUACGGCUGCCUGGGAUUUUCCUACAGCAGGUUUUACGCCAAACCACUGGCUGCUUUGGUGACAUACAAAGGAAGGGAGAUUUUGAUGCAUACUAAAGAGAUGGUACAGAAGAUGAAUCUUGAAGUUAUUUAUGGAGAUACAGAUUCAAUUAUGAUAAACACCAACAGCACCAAUUUGGAAGAAGUAUUUAAAUUGGGGAAUAAGGUUAAAAGUGAAGUGAACAAAUUGUACAAACUACUUGAAAUAGACAUUGAUGGUGUUUUCAAGUCUCUGCUAUUGCUGAAGAAGAAGAAAUAUGCUGCUCUGGUUGUAGAGCCAACGGCAGAUGGGCAUUACAUCACCAAACAGGAGCUGAAGGGUUUAGAUAUAGUUAGAAGAGAUUGGUGUGACCUUGCUAAAGAGACCGGGAAUUUUGUCAUUGGCCAGAUUCUUUCUGAUCAAAGCCGGGACAUUAUAGUGGAAAACAUUCAGAAGAGGUUAAUAGAAAUUGGAGAGAAUGUAGUCAACGGCAGUGUCCCUGUGAGCCAGUUUGAAAUUAACAAGGCAUUGACAAAGGAUCCCCAGGACUACCCUGACAAAAAAAAUCUUCCUCAUGUACAUGUUGCACUUUGGAUAAAUUCUCAAGGAGGCAGAAAGUUGAAAGCCGGAGACACUGUUUCUUAUGUGAUCUGUCAGGAUGGGUCAGAUCUCACUGCAAAUCAAAGGGCUUAUGCACCUGAACAGCUGCAGAAACAGGAGAAUUUAACCAUUGACACCCAGUACUACCUGGCCCAGCAGAUCCACCCAGUCGUGGUUCGGAUCUGUGAGCCGAUAGAUGGAAUUGAUGCUGUCCUCAUUGCAACGUGGUUAGGUCUCGACCCCACCCAUUUUCGAGUUCAUCAUUAUCAUAAAGAUGAAGAGAAUGAUGACCUACUUGGUGGUCCAGUGCAGCUUACGGAUGAAGAAAGAUACAGGGACUGUGAGAGAUUCAAGUGUCCAUGCCCAACGUGUGGAACUGUGAAUAUUUAUGACAGCGUCUUUGAUGGUUUGGGAUCUGAUAUGGAGCCUAGUUUACAUCGCUGCAGUAACAUCAAUUGCAAGGCUUCACCUCUGACCUUCAUCGUACAGCUGAGCAACAAAUUGAUCAUGGACAUGAGGCGUUGUGUCAAAAAAUACUAUGAAGGCUGGUUGAUUUGUGAGGAGCCAGCUUGUCGCAGUCGAACUCGCCACCUUCCCCUACAGUUCUCAAGAUAUGGCCCCCUUUGCCCAGUCUGCAUGAAAGCCACUCUGCGACCAGAGUAUUCUGACAAGGCCCUGUAUACCCAGCUGUGCUUUUACCGGUACAUUUUUGAUGUGGACUAUGCACUGGAGAAACUUACUACGGAUCAUGAGAAAGAUAAAUUAAAGAAGCAGUAUCUGACCACCAAAGUUCUUCAGGACUACAGAAAACUCAAAAACACAGCAGAGCAGUUCUUGUCCCGAAGUGGCUACUCCAAAGUCAACCUCAACAAACUCUUUGCUGACUGUGCUAUGAAGGCCUAAGGGAACCCCAGAAAUGGGCUGGGCCCCCUGCUGUGGGCUCACUAGCCCUGCAUUUGCUGUUGUGUUUGGAGCUGCGGCCUGUGUUUAUGGGGAAGGGAUAGUCAAAGGGGACCAGAAACAUGUUCAACGUACUGAGCUUCAAAAAAGUUGGGAGCAGCCUUCUCACACCCCCAGAAGAAAUACGAUAGCCUGUGGCCUUUCUCCAGCAACCUCAAGUGCUUGCUUCUUCAUGCUUAGGACUGGAUUUGGGGGGAUGGGGUAUCAGUAAGAGAAGG